AUGUCAGUACUCCCGUCUGAGAUGACCACGGAGAGGGCCAGUGCCCGUAAACAAGGGCAAGGGCCAGGGCAAGGGCAAGAGCAAGGUAAUGGUGAAUGGUGGGGAUUGCGGAAGGCUCUCGAUGACAUGCAGGAUGGGGUCCAUCAGCAGCAGCUUGCUACUGCUUCAUCUGCCUCUGGUGAGAUAGCUGCUGGUGCUUCUCAUUUGAAUACUGACUUUGUAGAAGGGGCCGAGAUUGAGUUCUGGAAGCUGGAAGACCCAGGCGAAAAUGCGUGUGGAUCAAAGGAAGAGGCGGAGGAGGAGGAGGAGGAGGAGGAGCUGGAGGAGGAAGAGGUGGAGGAGGAGCACUUUACUCGCGUAGGUCCCGGUACCUCCCUUCGUAUAGUCGCCGUCGUAGAUACCAUCCAUGUCAUGUUUACGGACAGGACUCAUACCGGUACUGUACAGUGCAGUACAGUAGAGCUGCACUUUGAACUGACAACCUCAACCUCCAGAUUCAAGAGUGGCAGUGGACAGUGGGCAGUGGGCAGUGGGCAGUGGGCAUGGGCAGAGUGGCAAAUCAGGAAAGUAGAGGCGGGGCGGGGCGGGGAAGCAAUGCAGUGCAAUGCAGUGCAGGCCCGUGGCAAACGGGGAGAGGUCCGACGAGAUGCAAUGAUUCGCUCGAUUCGCUCGAUUCGCUCGAUUCGAUUUAGGGGUCCCCCCGCCGCCCAGCCACAAUGCACACUCGCCACAGAUGACGCAGUUAGUAUUGCCUGCCCCCGUCAUGUCAGCCCCUCUCACAUGAGAGAUGUCGGAAAUCGUAUGCUGUGCGACCGGGAGAUCAUUCCUGAAACAAGAGCAGCAGGUCCGUACGAACAUGGGCCACGCCGAGAAGGUCCAGAACGCGAGAAAACCCGAACCAGAGUUGGGCCAGCCCUUGUGGCUCUCAGUCACGGUCACGUUCCGGCUGAGGCGGGGCUAGGUGGCGCGUGA